AACCUGCUGUACCUGAAAAGUAGUGUGUUUAGCGUCAGUCUCUUGUCCACGCACUUGUUUGAAGCGGAGCAGUGUGUAGAAACACUCAAGUGCAUGUGAGCUCGUCGUCUUUGGUUUGUUUUCAUUUGAAGGGCUAAUUUGACAAUUUCGCUCUGCACGUGAACAACUCACCAUCCGGGAACUUUGCAAUUGACUUAACGCGAAGAGUUACCUGCACCUCUCAAAAUGAACUUUCUCUUGGAGACUCUUCAGUUUAUACUGUUAACCAUCUACUACCACUUGGAAGCCUUCAUAAAACUACUCAUUCCACUGAAGAAGAAAGAUGUGUCCGGUGAGAUAGUGCUCAUCACUGGGGCAGGUAAUGGUAUUGGCAGACUUAUGGCCCUCGAGUUUGCCACACUGGACGUUUCACUGGUCCUAUGGGACAUCAAUGUGGACGGUCUGAAAGAGACUGCAAGGCAGGUUAGAGAAAAAGGAGCAUCAAAGGUGCAUUACUACGAGUGUGACUGCAGUGACAGAGCAGUGGUUUAUCGAGUGGCAGAUCAGGUCAAAAGUGAAAUCGGCGAUGUCACCAUACUAAUAAACAAUGCAGGCAUUGUCAGCGGUAGGAAGUUCAUGGACACUCCUGAUGCACUAAUUGAGAAAACACUCAAAGUUAAUGCAAUGUCUCACUUUUGGACAUAUAAAGCAUUUCUGCCUGCCAUGACAGCCAAGAAUCAUGGACAUCUGGUCAGUGUUGCUAGUUCUGCCGGUUUGACAGGCGUCAAUGGACUGGCAGAUUAUUGUGCAAGUAAGUAUGCGGCUGUGGGAUUUGCUGAGUCGGUGGCCCUUGAGCUAAUGGGUGAAGGGAAGGAUGGAGUUAAAACCACAAUUGUCUGCCCAUACUUCAUCAACACAGGCAUGUUUGAUGGCUGUAAGACAAAGUGGCCCCGACUGCUGCCCAUCUUGGAUCCAGACUAUGUUGCUAAGAUGAUAGUCAACGCCAUUCUAACAGAUCAAGUUUAUGUUUUACUUCCAAAGUCCUUAAACAUUUUGAUAGCCUUGAAAGGUAUGGUCCCAUACAAGCAAUCCGUCAUCCUGAGUGUGUACUUUGGGGCCUUCAAUUUUAUGGAUGCUUUCAAAGGACGAGAAAAGAAACAGGACUAAAUAUAAUAAGAGUUUUUCUCUCUCUCAUUGUGAUACUAAUCCAGAACUCCUAAUGCUAUUUGUACCUGAAAUUUUUCAUGAAAUUUUUCAUGAAUUAACUCUGCCAUGGUUAUUCCAGGGCCUCUAAUGACAUAAAUCAGAAUAAAAAUGGUCCAACAAAGAUAGUUUGAAUUUUAUCUUGUUUGGAUAUGGGGUAGAGGCUUUUAAAGUAAAAAUGUAUUACAAAUGCAUGUUGUUAAAAAAAAUUACAGGAUUAUGUUUAAUGUUGGUCUCAUUUCAAAAGCAGUGCAUGAGAAUACUACAGAAAUGUCAGAUGUACUUAUGCUAGGUGGUAGACGUUAUGUAUUAUAAAAUAUGAAAUUUUUACUUUUACAUUUAGUUUAUCACUGUCUGUGCCACCAAGUGUACACUUUUUCUUUGACUACCUUUUUGUACAGUAGUUUGAAACUGUAACCUUGCUUUAGAACCGAACAAAGAUGUAUGCACUGAUAUACCCUAAGAACAAUUGAAUUAUGGUGUUGGAACAAAUAAACCAUAAGGUUUUAA